AGUUGACGGAAUAAAAUUCUGCUGAAUUGCCUCUAAACGAGCAGUCUUUGUUCAACUUGGUAAAUGUUAUCGACUCUUCAUCGAAGCGAAAUAUAAAUUAUAAUUAAAAAUGUUGUACACACGACUCCUUGUAUUAAUGAUCUUGAUCUUAACGAUCGAACAAAGUAGAGGAAUAAAUAUUGGAUCAAUUUUUGGCUUCGGUCGAGAUCUUAAGAGUAAUGAAAACAAUAACGCAACCAAUAGUGAAGACAAUAAUGUAAUCGACCAUGAAAAUAAUAAUGAAACCGACAAUGAAAACAAUCCAGUACCUACGAAACUCUCUAAAGUCGAACAAAUCCUUAAAACACUUUUAAUACCGGUAGAAGCUUUGGAAAAUGCAAAAAAAGUUGUUGGAAAAGGUGUGAAUGAAAUAAUAUCGAAAUUUCCAGGGAAACUUAAAAAUUCGAUGAAAGAUGAUUUUAAUAAUACCAAACUAAAAUACGGUCAAGUUUUGAAUUUGGUUUCGGAUAAUUUCAGAGCUAUAUAUCCAGGUACUCUUUGGUGUGGGGAUGGUGAUAUAGCACAAAACGAAGAAGAUCUUGGUUUCUUUGCUAGUACUGAUGCUUGUUGUAGAGAUCAUGACAUGUGUUACAGUAAUAUAAAUUCAGGCGAAGAAAAAUACCGCCUUCUAAACAAUGGAAUUUUUACGAGAUCACAUUGUUCAUGCGACUUUGCAUUUUACGAUUGUCUAAAAAAUGCUAAAUCAAUCAUAGCCAAAAAAAUUGGGUUCACUUAUUUCGACCUUUUGAGUCCACAAUGUUUUAACGAAGAUUAUCCUAUUAUAAAGUGCAACAAGUAUUCUGGUCCUCUACUACAUAAAUGCGUUGACUACAUGCAAGAUAAAACUGAGGAAAAGAAAUAUCAAUGGUUUGAUAAUAAAAAUUUUUAAAUUUAAAAUUUAUAUUUUUAAUUAAAAUUGUAAAUAACAAAUAUACUAUAAUAAACAUAUUGUUGCAAUA